AUGUCCUCCCUUACUCACACGACGAAGCAAUGGAUCCUGGCGUCCAAGCCUACAGGGGCCCCAGUCCUUUCUGGCCCUGGUGCAACUUUCAAGCUCCAGACCACUGAACUGCCGGUCUUGAAGGACGGACAAAUUCUCUGUAAAGUUGAAUAUUUCUCCAACGAUACUGGCCUGAGGAACUUUAUUCAGAGUACGGUGGCGCCCGAGCGUUUCUACGUGCCUACUGUCCCCCUCGGCUCUCCCAUGCGCUCAGGAGUCAUUGGUACCGUCCUCGAGUCCCUUUCUCCAACCUACAAGGUUGGGGAUUUGGUCUGCAACUUCCACCUAGGUACUUGGAGCGAGCGUGUGAUUCUGGAUGCAGCAACUUGUCAACCAUUGCCACCCUUACCUAAUGGACUCUCGGUCACGCACUACCUGGGUGCUUUCGGCGCAUCAGGACUGGCUGCGUACACUGGCCUGUACUAUGCCGGCGAGGCCAAAGCUGGCGACACCAUCGUGAUCUCGGCUGCUGCAGGCGCAACUGGGAUCAUGGCAAUUCAGAUCGCGGCGAAGUUGUUGGGGGCGAAGCGUGUGAUCGGGAUUGCAGGCUCUGAGGCGAAGUGCAAAUGGGUGCAAGAGCUAGGUGCUCAUGCAUGCGUCAACUACAACUCUCCCACAUUCGAGGCCGACCUGAUUGCUGCUACGCCAGAUGAGGUUGAUGUGUAUUUUGACAAUGUCGGCGGGCAUGUGUUGGAUGUCAUGCUGACGAGGGUCAAGAGACAUGGAACAAUCGCCGUCUGUGGUGCCGUGAGUGAGUACAACACGGAUGAGCCGAUGAAGUUGAAGAAUUGGUUCGAAUUGGUGUCGGGUCGCUUCACCAUUCGAGGAUUCAUCAUGCUGGAUUAUAUGGAGAAGGUACCGAUGAUUCUGGGCGAGCUGAUUGGUGCUGCCGCGGAUGGAAGGAUCGUGCUGGGUGCCGGGGAGACGAUUGUGGAAGCAAAAAUUGAGGAGCAGCCACAGGUGUGGAUGAGGCUGUUCAGUGGAGGAAACCGAGGCAAACUGCUUACGAAACUGAUCAGCUAA